GAUACAGGCUGCAGUUAUAAGUCUUCUCUCUGCCUCUCUUUCUCUCUGCACCCGCCCUCUCUUAUUUUGAUUCCAAGAAUCAUUUGAGGGGGGGGGUGUUUUUUGUUGUUGAUUCAAGUCAGCCUGUGCAUGUUUUCUUUAAUUGUCGUUAAGCAAAGGUCUAUUUUUCGCUAAGAAGAUGAACAAGCUGUACAUCGGGAACCUGGGCGAAAACGUGUGCCCUAUGGACCUGGAAAGUAUCUUUAAAGAGUCCAAGAUUCCUUUCACCGGCCAGUUUCUUGUGAAGACGGGAUAUGCUUUUGUGGACUGCCCCGACGAGAAUUGGGCUAUGAAGGCCAUCGAGGCACUUUCAGGUAAAGUGGAGCUGCAUGGUAAACUCCUAGAAGUUGAACAUUCAGUUCCCAAAAGACAAAGGAGUCGAAAACUUCAAAUCCGAAAUAUUCCACCACACUUGCAGUGGGAGGUCCUAGAUGGUUUGCUGGCACAGUAUGGAACUGUGGAAACCUGUGAACAAGUGAAUACUGACACAGAGACUGCAGUAGUAAAUGUAACAUACGCCAAUAAGGACCAGGCCAGGCAAGCAAUAGAAAAGUUGAACGGAUUCCAGCUUGAAAACUAUUCAUUAAAAGUUGCAUAUAUUCCUGAUGAAAUGGCAGCCCAACCACCUCCUCAGCAGCACUCUCAAGGUAGACGUGGAUUUGGGCAGAGAGGUCCUCCUAGACAAGGUUCUCCAGGUGCAGCAACAAGACAGAAACCACAGUCUGAUGUUCCAUUACGGAUACUUGUUCCAACCCAGUUUGUAGGAGCUAUUAUUGGAAAAGAAGGGGCCACAAUCAGAAACAUCACAAAGCAGACACAGUCAAAGAUUGAUAUUCAUCGUAAAGAAAAUGCAGGAGCUGCUGAAAAACCAAUCACAAUCCAUUCUACUCCAGAAGGAUGCUCAACUGCUUGUAAAAUUAUCAUGGAAAUAAUGCAAAAGGAAGCUCAAGACACUAAAUUCACAGACGACAUUCCUUUGAAGAUACUGGCACAUAAUAAUUUUGUUGGCCGACUCAUUGGUAAAGAGGGACGGAAUUUGAAAAAAAUUGAACAGGAUACUGACACUAAAAUAACAAUAUCUCCAUUGCAGGACUUGACACUAUAUAAUCCAGAACGAACCAUUACAGUUAAAGGCAGUAUUGAUACAUGUGCCAAGGCUGAGGAGGAAAUAAUGAAGAAAAUCAGGGAGUCAUAUGAAAAUGAUAUUGCUGCUAUGAAUCUUCAAGCACAUUUAAUCCCAGGGCUAAAUCUGAAUGCCUUGGGUUUAUUCCCACCUUCUUCUUCUGGGAUACCACCUCCCACAGUGGGUGUUGCUCCAGCCACUGCGUCCUCUUCAUAUCCUCCAUUUGGGGUAAUUCUAUCUCUUUUUAAUGAUUUGUAUCCCGCCUGUGUUUUCUUUGCUUUUGCAUUCCAGCAACAACCAGAAUCUGAGACAGUUCAUCUGUUCAUACCAGCCUUAGCAGUGGGGGCCAUUAUUGGCAAGCAAGGGCAGCACAUCAAGCAACUUUCUCGUUUUGCAGGUGCUUCUAUUAAGAUAGCACCUCCUGAAGGACCAGAUGCCAAACUGAGAAUGGUGAUAAUUACUGGACCACCCGAGGCACAAUUCAAGGCCCAAGGGAGAAUCUAUGGGAAACUUAAGGAAGAAAAUUUCUUUGGACCUAAAGAAGAAGUUAAACUUGAAGCUCAUAUAAAAGUGCCAUCUCAUGCUGCUGGUAGAGUUAUUGGCAAAGGUGGCAAAACGGUAAAUGAGCUUCAGAAUUUAACAAGUGCAGAAGUUGUUGUUCCUCGUGAUCAGACACCAGAUGAAAAUGAUCAGGUGGUUGUGAAAAUUACUGGUCAUUUCUAUGCAUGCCAGCUUGCCCAACGAAAAAUUCAGGAAAUACUGGCUCAGGUAAGAAGACAACAACAACAACAACAGAAAACAGCACCAAGUGGACAGCCUCAGCAGAGACGAAAAUAAAGGUUUAGUAAAAGACCCUUCAGAGACAGAUGCCAAACCAAAGAGAGAGAGAGAGACAGAGAGAAGACAGAGGAGAGAGAGAGAGACUAAAUUGUAAUGGACAGGUUAUGGGCACCUGUUGGAA